GCGCUCCGGCUCGGGCUGCGGCUGCGGCUGCGGCUGCUGCACUUCCAGCUUCUGGGGGAAGGAGGCCGAGGCCUGGGCCAAGCCCGGAGCCGCCGCUUCCCGGAGCCUCCUGGAGCCCCCGCGCCGGCUCAGCCUGGGGGCGGGCUCAGGCCCGGCCCGCCGCCGAACCCGGGACAGAGGCUGCACGCCCGAGGACCAGGCCGGCGCAGCCAUGGAGGAAGCAUCUCCCUAUUCCUUACUUGAUAUCUGCUUGAAUUUCCUGACUACUCACCUUGAGAAGUUCUGUUCAGCAAGACAAGAUGGAACGUUGUGUCUGCAGGAACCUGGAGUAUUCCCACAGGAGGUGGCUGAUCGACUGCUUCAGACCAUGGCUUUUCAUGGUCUACUGAAUGAUGGAACUGUAGGUAUUUUCAGGGGCAACCAGAUGCGCUUAAAGCGUGCUUGCAUUCGCAAAGCCAAGAUCUCUGCUGUUGCUUUCCGGAAAGCCUUCUGCCAUCACAAGUUAGUGGAACUUGAUGCUACAGGUGUGAAUGCAGACAUCACGAUUACAGACAUCAUCAGUGGGCUUGGCAGUAACAAAUGGAUCCAGCAAAAUCUCCAGUGCCUCGUGCUGAACUCGUUAACUCUUUCCCUCGAAGAUCCUUAUGAGCGGUGCUUCAGCCGGCUUUCUGGCCUUCGAGCAUUAAGCAUUACCAAUGUUCUCUUUUACAAUGAAGACCUCGCUGAAGUUGCCUCAUUGCCAAGAUUAGAGAGCCUGGAUAUUUCUAACACCUCAAUCACAGACAUCACAGCUUUGCUGGCCUGCAAAGACCGACUCAAGUCUCUAACCAUGCACCACUUGAAAUGUUUAAAAAUGACAACUACCCAGAUACUGGAUGUUGUUCGGGAACUAAAACAUCUGAAUCAUCUUGAUAUUUCAGAUGAUAAACAGUUUACAUCAGACAUAGCUCUUCGCUUACUAGAACAAAAGGACAUCCUACCCAACCUUGUCUCCCUAGAUGUUUCUGGGAGAAAGCACGUGACAGAUAAAGCUGUUGAAGCCUUCAUACAACAACGGCCCAGCAUGCAGUUUGUAGGUUUGCUGGCCACUGAUGCAGGUUACUCUGAAUUCCUCACCGGUGAAGGACAUUUGAAGGUGUCUGGAGAAGCCAAUGAAACUCAGAUUGCAGAAGCAUUGAAGCGCUACAGUGAACGGGCAUUCUUUGUCCGGGAAGCUCUAUUUCACCUUUUUAGCCUGACUCAUGUGAUGGAAAAAACAAAGCCAGAAAUUUUAAAGCUUGUGGUUACUGGAAUGAGAAACCACCCUAUGAAUUUGCCAGUACAACUUGCUGCAAGUGCCUGUGUGUUUAACUUAACUAAGCAGGAUCUUGCUGCGGGAAUGCCUGUCCGACUCCUGGCAGAUGUGACCCAUUUGCUGCUCAAAGCUAUGGAACAUUUUCCCAAUCACCAGCAGUUACAGAAGAAUUGCCUCCUUUCACUUUGCAGUGACCGGAUCCUUCAAGAUGUUCCAUUCAACAGGUUUGAAGCAGCCAAGCUUGUCAUGCAGUGGCUCUGCAACCAUGAGGAUCAAAACAUGCAAAGGAUGGCAGUUGCUAUCAUUUCCAUCCUGGCUGCCAAGCUUUCUACAGAACAAACUGCACAGCUUGGUGCUGAGCUCUUCAUUGUCAGGAAUAAUAUAGCUGAAGUACAAGAAUUGCAUUCUGAAUUAAUGUGGAAGGAUUUCAUAGACCACAUCAGUAGCCUCCUACAUAGUGUUGAAGUGGAAGUCAGUUACUUUGCAGCUGGGAUUAUUGCCCAUUUAAUAUCUAGAGGUGAACAAGCUUGGACAUUGAGCCGUAGCCAGAGGAAUUCUCUUCUGGAUGAUCUGCAUUCAGCUAUUUUGAAAUGGCCAACUCCAGAGUGUGAGAUGGUAGCAUACAGGUCCUUUAAUCCAUUUUUCCCAUUACUUGGCUGUUUUACAACACCAGGAGUCCAGCUAUGGGCAGUUUGGGCCAUGCAACAUGUCUGCAGCAAGAAUCCCUCAAGGUAUUGCAGCAUGCUGAUUGAGGAAGGAGGAUUGCAGCAUUUAUACAACAUCAAAGAACAUGAACAGACUGAUCCCCAUGUCCAACAGAUCGCCGUGGCCAUUCUGGACAGCUUAGAAAAACACAUUGUGCGCCAUGGCAGACCACCUCCCUGUAAAAAGCAGCCCCAAGCUAGACUAAAUUGAUAGCCAUAGGUAGUUGGAUAAUUGAAUCACAGGAAUCCUUUUUGUGAUAGGUUCAUUUGGAAUAUCUUAUCUUCUGUGAUGUUUUAGGGGUUUCUAUGACAAGAGUCAUAAGAUCAGUUUGGGAUUGAUGGUGUACAGUACUGCCGACGUGAACAGUCUCUAAUUUGUCUUGUGAUUUUUAACUUCUGAGGUAAGAAGGGUCUCUUCCUUCGUCAUUGCCUUUUAGGAAAUUUUCCACAUCUUUCUGUGUUUGAACUUACCUGUGCUUGAAAUUCUACAGUUUUAUGAUAAAGUUUGCACGAACCCUUAGGCCAGACUUUUCUGAUCUCAAAGUCCCUUCCAGUCAAUUUGCAGCUUCAGAUAAGCUGUUAACCUGAUUUCUGGCACUGCUUCAGUUGUAAGUUUUAUACUGCUUCUGUAUAAAAUGCCUUUAUUCUCUGUCUGUGUACCUUUUAUAAGAUGUUCUUCUUAGUGUGAAAGAAUGGAAAUCCGAGUCCUCUUUGAAAGCUACUCACUGACUGGAGCCUGGGUGGUUGGCAGAAAAAAAUGUAUUAGAAAGAAAACUAGUAAGGGAGAAAAAAGAUUAGGAACUGGAGAAAGGUCUGCUCUUAUAGUUCUUAAAUUGGAACAAGCUAUCCUUCUGGAACGCACCUCUCCUGAGGCAGUGAGCAGUAGCUUGUUCUUCAUAUUUAUUCCUGGGAGCAUGGGCUGCUGCUUCCUACACGGACUGCUGGUUACUGUCUAGAAAUAUUUCCCCAGGCAUCACAAUGUAAAAUAUCACAGCAUUCUGUGUUAAAGAUUAACUGUCUGAAUCUCUAUAUGUCAUACUAUUGUGAAAAUGUGAAUUUUUAUAAAAUUGUCUCUUGUUAAAACUGACUGUUCUUUUCUCUCUAUUUCAAAGUCAUUUUGUUCAGUGAAAUAGAGACUACACAUGGUAUUACCUGCUCAGUUAAAAUACAGUUAACAACAGUACAUUUUGUCACAAGAAGUUAAAUUUUCUUUUGUUUCAAAAUACAUGUAUCUUACGUUCUCAUGUUGGAGAAAGAUGUCCACAUCUCACUGCCAAAAAUGAAUGAGCAGCACUAGGCUAUUAUUAAAUGUAAUGAUUCUAGUUGCGGUGCAUAAAAGGAAAUAUUUUUGAUGGGUUAUUUUUUAGACAAUUGCCUUUCCUUUAUGAUACCUGUUACAGCAUAGUAAAGAAUCAGUUAUCAUUAUAUCAAUAAUGAAAGCUGGGAGGCAGCAAGUCACCAAG